AGUGAGAGUAUUUUGUUCCUUCUUUCAGUAGUUUUGUGGUGUGCGUGCGUCUUCAUAUUUGCAGCAAUAAUCUCAUCUGUAAAUAUUUGUAAGAAAGGUCCUAGUUUCUUUUAAGAGCCAUCAAUUUAUUAAUUAUGCCUGGACCUGCUGCAAGUGCUACAAAUGUUGGGGCUUCUGGUCGAUCACCCAGCAAAGCUGUUGCACCAAGAGCUGCCGGUUCCACUGUGAGACAAAGGAAAACUGCAAGCAGUGGAAGUAGAAGUGCUGGUCGUGCUCCUUCAGGGGGCACAGGAGGGAUGUGGAGGUUCUACACUGAAGAUUCUCCUGGCCUGAAAGUAGGUCCUGUUCCAGUGCUUGUGAUGAGUCUGCUGUUCAUUGCUUCAGUGUUCAUGUUGCAUAUAUGGGGCAAGUACACCCGGUCCUAAAUUGUGGGAAACAGGUCAUUGCCUUGCCUGCAGAGUUUAUCUUGGACCAAAAAGCUUGGUACAUUUUGCAUAUUUCAGAAUUCAUUUCUCAUGCUGGACUCUCUAAAAGGAAGAAAUGGAGUGAAUUAAAACUUGACCAGUUCUCAAAAAAUAAAUCCACAUUACAGGACCUUACUACAUCAUAUGCACCGUAACAUUUUAAAGUGGAUUCCAGUCUUAACAGAUCCAUUGAAUUCCAUUUCCCAAAAUAAUUUAAUUCAUUUUGUUUUUUUCAACUGUAUCUUGGAUUUUUUUGGCUUUUAUUUGUAAGUUGAAUUUGUAACUACAUUAAAAUAAAUCUGAGGUCUUUUCAAAAAUA